AGACAGUCAAACUUAACUUGAACUACAACGUGCAUCCCCAUCUCUCUGCUUCUGACCACUCUUCCUGUCUCUCUACACUGGAGGUGAAUUUUGAUCGGAUUUGAGUUUUUUUGAAUCUGUGCGAAAAUGCCGGCGUUGUACGGAGGAAAGCUCACAACUUUCGAGGAUGAUGAGAAGGAGAGCGAGUAUGGCUACGUUCGCUAGGUAUCAUCCCGUUUGUGGCUGAUGGUAUAUGGCUGGUGCUGCUAUGUAUGAGUUAGUUAGUGUUGGUAAUGAUAAUUUGAUUGGAGAAAUCAUCCGUCUUGAAGGAGAUUCCGCCAACAUCCAAGUAUACGAGGAGACAGCUGGAUUGACGGUUAAUGAUCCUGUUCUUCCAACACACAAGCCUCUUUCUGUGGAGCUUGGACCAGGAAUAUUGGGAUUUCGGUUGGAUUUCGAAUCUUGCUAGACAUGAAGUUCAUGACUUCUAUGUUUUGUUAUAACAUUACAAUCUGCAGAUACUAUGAUAGUCAAACAUAACUUUUGGGUGCAGACCGUCUUCGAGAACACUUUGAUGACACACCGCGUUGCCCUUCCUCCUGAUGCCAUGGGGAAGAUCACUUACCUUGCUCCUGCUGGUCAAUACUCCCUUAAGGAUACAGUGCUAGAGCUUGAAUUCCAGGGGGUUAAGAAGUCAUACACCAUGCUUCAGCGUGUCCUUGAUGCUAUUUUCCCUUCGGUUCUUGGUGGAACUUGUGCUAUUCCUGGUGCUUUUGGCUGUGAUAAAACCGUUAUCAGUCAGGCAUUUUCCAAGAUAAUCUUGCGGUUCUUCUCGUCGGAUGUCAGUCUUGAUUUGUUGCCUUUGUUGUCUGCCUUCCUAAUGAUGCAUCAGAGAAGGGUAUCCAGACCAGCCAGGAGUACAGAUUUUUAUUCUAUUUCAGCUGACUUCCCUGAAUUCAGUAACAAGGACAAAACUCUAGUAUUCCUCCUAUUCUCAGUCAAGCACGAGCAAAAGCUUGACUGUGGUGGUGGCUACAUGAAGCUGCUCAUUGGUCAUGUUGACCAGAAGAAGUUUGGUGGAGACACCCCCAUCCAUACAUCUUCAUGAUGUUUGCUCACGAUAUCUGUGGCUAUCCUUACCCAACCACCUGACCAAGAAAGAUGUUCCAUGUGAAACUGACCAGCUCACCCAUGCGUACACGUUCAUCCUCCACCCCCCAACCUCGAGUACAUGGAAGCCUAAGGUUUGUCUUUCUAGCUGUCAAAAACUCCAAUGAGACAAACUUGGUAAAUUACUACUCUCUGCAUGAUAUAUGUGUGGGUUUGUGGUUUUUAAGCCUUUCAGCUAAUUCUGUCCGUUAUUGUUUGAUUGUUACUGGUAUAUAAGUGGGGUUCCUAAACCCAGAGCUCUAUAUCUUCCCGAAGCUGAAGUAUGUUGGAAUCGCAUUGUGGCAGGUGAAAUCAGGAUCAUUGUUUGACAAUGUCCUGAUCUGCGAUGACCCAAAUUGCGCCAAGAAGUUGGCAGAGGAAACAUGGGGCAAGAAAGCUCAAGCAUGCAGAGAAAGCAGCUUUUCAUGAGGCUGAAAAGAAGAAACCAAUAGUAAUCUAGUUUGGUAGGAAUCUGUAGCAGUCAAAGCCAAACAAUAUGUAUUUUUUUUCUUGGUAAAGUUUCAAGGUUUAGGAGAAGACUAGCUGCAACUUCUUCUUUUAUCUUUUUUGGACCAUCAUACCCUAAAUAUAUAGAUGUAAGUAUUGAGCAAAUAAGAUGCCAAAUUGUAUCA